AUGGGACUCCUGAGAAAAUCUACCUUUAUACUAUGCGCUUUGGCUUCAGUGGCACUAGCUGCCGAUCAAGAAUUUAGCGGAGACGAGGGAGAAGUCAAAGACGGCCCAAUGAGAUCAUUUCUACUGUCAAUAUCCAUGAUUGGUGUCUCUGAGAUAGGGGAUAAAACCUUUUUGAUUGCCGCGUUGAUGGCAAUGCGUUACCCAAGAAUGCUUGUAUUCAGCGCCUCCGCCGGUGCGCUAUUUUUAAUGACAAUUUUGUCCGGUAUGGUGGGCAGGACUUUUACGUCGCUGGUUCCCCAGCGCUACACUCAAUUCGUGGCAGGCAUUCUCUUUUUGGUUUUUGGCUACAAGCUAACCCUUGAAGGGCUUGCAAUGUCGAAGGACAUGGGUGUGGAGGACGAACUUGCAGAAGUGGAAGAGGAGCUUGCCGUCAAGGAUUUGAACAAAAACAUGGGACACGUGGAAGGCGGUGGAUCUGCUACUUCCGAUGCGUCUCACUCUGUUUGGAAGGGCCUGAACUCUCUCUACGAUAAGGUAAUGGAGUUAGCCUCCAAAGUUUUCAAUCCCAUUUCACUUCAAAUUUUUGGGAUGGUUUUCCUAGGGGAGUUUGGAGACCGCUCUCAAAUCAGCACUAUCGCUAUGGCCUCCGGUAGUGAUUAUUGGUUUGUAAUACUGGGUGCAAUAGUGGGCCACGCUAUAUGCACAGGUGUUGCUGUAGUAGGUGGCAAAAUGCUGGCUUCAAAAAUCAGCAUGAGAACUGUUACAUUGGGUGGCGCCUUCUCAUUUUUCAUUUUCGCUAUCCUAUAUGUCGGCGAAGCCUUCGUGAACCCUUACUAA